AUGCUUCAGAAUCUAUAUCACGUCUCAAAAACAUCAAUGCUUCAAUGUCUCAAUCUUAGAACAUCAAGAUAUAUGAUAAACAUAUUUAACCGUGAUUAUGCGACUCAACGGCAACUAGAACCUCCGAAAGAGAUUCAAAGAAAUUUGGUUCAAAAAUUAGAUACGCGCAUUGACAUGCCUCAAGUGGCGAGAGAUUUGCAAAAAUCAAAUCCUAUUGAAAUUGAAGGUGAAGGCUUAACCAUUGAAAAUGUGAUACAGGUGGCUCGUUUUCGUCGUGAAGCUCGUCUCACCACUAAUAACGCCAUUAGAGAAAAAGUAACAACCUCGAAUAUUUAUAUUAACAAUGCUAUCGCCGAAGGAAAGACUAUCUACGGAGUUAAUACCAAUUUUGGUGGUAUGGCCAAAAAACAUCUGUCAAUUGAAGAACUUACCUUGCUCCAAAAAAAUUUAAUUUGGGGUCACAAAUGUAGUAUUGGUAAACAAUUACCUGUAGAACAUGUUAGAGCUA